UUCUAGGCUGCGUGAACGCGCACGUGGAAGCCCCCGCGCAUAUUCAGAGAGCGACGGCGAUCGCGGUCGUUCAUAUCUUGGUCGUACAGGAGAUGCGACGCGCUCUCUUUUUGGAGAGCGCGGGUGAUAACUGUUGAAUGGCGAAGGGUCUCGAGUCCGCUUUAGAGGAAACGGACUCCGUUCCCGCGGAUAUCGGGGUGGGGUUCGAGAGCGUCGGGGUCUUGGGGGACUCCGACGAAUAUCACGGCCGGGCGACGGUCUCCUGCCUCUGGGGUUGUAACUGGAAACCUGGUCUCUACCACGAAAAAGCGGGCUUCUUGAACGGCGCCGGAAGGCACCCGGUGACCGGCUGCGAGCCCUCCCGCGAUCAGGAGCCCAGGUAUCAGCCGCAGGUCUUAAUGGAGAGCGGGCCCUCAGCGGAGGCGAGCGACCAUAGCGGAUAUCACCACGAGGAGAAGGUCGACGGUUUCGAUCUGAAGGCCGGUAGCUUUCUCCAAAACGACGCCCAUCAUCGUAUCUAAAAGGUCGCAAAUAUCCACAACCAUUAGCCAGGCUGUCACAAUAUGUCUGGGCUGGCUCAAGCGAUAGCUAUUAAUCCAACUGGGCCAGAAAUGGGACUGAUUAAAAAGGAGUUCCCAAACCUUCUAUCUCUGUCAC